AUGGACACAUUCGACAACUUUCAGUCUGAAUACGGUGGAAUCGGAGACGAUGACACCGCUUCGAUUAUCUCUGGAUAUACGCAAAGAACAGGAGCCGGUCCUUCGAAGCUCUCGUUGAACGCGGCAGACGCGUUGGACCUUGAUGCCCUUUCUAUUGCCGACGAUCAUGUGGCAAACAGGCGAUCAGAGCUGGCCAACGAUUUUGCCGGAGGACUAGAUGAUGACUUUGACGUCAACUUAGAGGAUAACGGAAUAGGAGUCGACCUUCCGGAAUAUGCGUGCAGGCAAGCACAACUCGUGCUCUUCACGGCAGCCUCGGUAGUCAAGUGCUUGGUCUGCUCAAAAUGGUUCUGCAACUCGAGAGGAAAUACAGCGGCAUCCCACAUCGUCAAUCAUCUGGUCAGGGCGAAACAUAAGGAGGUUGUAUUGCAUGCCGAGAGUCCGCUUGGAGAAACCACCCCAGAGUGCUACAACUGCGGAAGCAAGAAUGCUUUCAUGCUUGGCUUCAUCCCAGCCAAAAGCGAUACUGUUGUUGUGUUGCUUUGUCGUCAACCCUGUGCGGCUAUAUCUAAAGAUAUCUCUUGGAAUACUGCGCUCUGGGCCCCACUUAUAGAGGAUCGAUCAUUCUUGUCGUGGCUGGUCACACCUCCUUCCGAACAAGAGCAGCUACGUGCGCGACAGAUUACAUACGCCCAGAUCAAUCGAUUAGAGGACCUAUGGAGAGACAAUGCGAAUGCUACGCUUGAAGAUCUGGAAAAACCAGGAGUAGACGACGAGCCUCAACCCAUUCUCCAAAGGUACGAAGACGCCUAUCAGUACCAGAACAUCUUUGGUCCACUAGUGAAAAUCGAGGCCGAUUAUGACAAACGACUGAAAGAGUCUCAAACUCAAGACGAUGUGGUAGUGCGAUGGGACCAAGGCCUCAACCAGAAGCGGAUAGCCUGGUUCAACUUUCCUAAACUCGAAAGCGGCGAGGUUCGUUUGGCAGUUGGAGACGAGCUGAGGUUGCGCUAUCACGGUGAUAGCCACCAUGCUUGGGAGGGGUCUGGGCACGUCUUGAAGAUUCCGAAUAAUAUCUCCGAUGAAAUUGGUUUGGAACUAAGAAGAAACGAUGGUGUUCCUGUUGAUUGUACCCACGGCUUCUCAGUAGAUUUUGUCUGGAAGUCGACGAGCUUCGAUAGGAUGCAGCUAGCUAUGAAAACGUUCGCGAUUGACGAAAAGAGCGUCAGCGGUUACAUUUAUCAUAAAUUGUUAGGUCACGACCUUGAGCCAACUAUCCUACGAACUCAAAUGCCUAAGCGCUUCUCAGCUCCUGGCCUUCCGGAACUUAACCACUCUCAGAUGUACGCGGUGAAAAGCGUUCUCCAGAAACCGAUAUCUCUUAUUCAGGGGCCACCCGGUACUGGCAAGACUGUGACAUCUGCGUCGAUUGUUUAUCACUUGGCCAAAAUGAAUCCUGGCCAAGUCUUGGUCUGCGCACCCUCCAACGUCGCAGUCGAUCAACUAACGGAAAAGAUACACGCUACCGGCCUCAAGGUCGUCCGCCUUACUGCCAAGUCCCGAGAAGCCCUCGAAAGUUCGAUAGCGUUCUUGACCCUCCAUCGACAAGUCGCUGCCUACACGUCUCACACCGAGCUCCAGAAGCUUAUCCAGCUCAAAAACGAACUGGGAGAGCUGAGUCAAUCCGACGAGAGAAAGUACAAGACACUUGUCAGGAACGUCGAGCGAGAGAUCUUGGCUGCAGCCGAUGUCAUUUGCUGUACAUGCGUUGGAACGGGGGACCCCAGGCUAUCCAAACUAAAGUUUAGAACCGUCUUGAUCGACGAGGCUACACAAGCUGCUGAGCCAGAGUGUAUGAUACCUUUGGUCUUAGGAUGCAAGCAGGUGGUGCUAGUCGGAGACCAUCAGCAACUUGGGCCUGUUAUCAUGAACAAAAAAGCCGCUCGAGCUGGGCUGACCCAGUCUCUCUUCGAGCGGCUGGUCCUUCUUGGUAACCGACCGAUUCGGCUUCAAGUUCAAUAUCGCAUGCACCCCUGUCUUUCAGAAUUUCCUUCAAACAUGUUCUACGAGGGUACCUUGCAAAACGGUGUUACUGCUCCCGAGAGGCUCCGCAAGAACGUUGAUUUCCCAUGGCCAGUUGCCGACACACCGAUGAUGUUUUACCAGAAUCUAGGCCAGGAAGAGAUUUCGUCCAGUGGAACCUCAUUCUUGAAUCGAACCGAAGCUUCGAAUGUCGAAAAAAUCGUGACCAAGUUCUUCAAAGCAGGGGUAGUCCCGGCCCAAAUCGGUGUCAUCACCCCUUACGAAGGCCAACGCUCAUAUAUCGUUACAUAUAUGCAGUACCAUGGAACACUCAAAAAGGAUCUAUACAAGGAUAUCGAGGUGGCGAGCGUUGACGCGUUCCAAGGCCGCGAGAAGGACUACAUCAUACUUAGCUGCGUACGAAGCAACGAGCAUCAGGGGAUUGGGUUUUUGAACGAUCCAAGACGUUUGAACGUUGCGCUUACUCGGUCCAAGUACGGAGUUGUAAUCCUGGGUAAUCCGAAAGUUCUCAGCAAACAUCCCCUGUGGCACUAUCUACUUACCCAUUACAAGGAGAAGCAGUGCCUGGUUGAAGGUCCACUUAACAACUUACAACCCAGUAUGAUACAGUUCAGUAAGCCUCGACGGGCGCUGAACAAGUCUAUGGAGCAAUUCCGCCGUCAUGACUAUAGCGAUGCCGAAGCGACCAGCGGGGCGCCUGUAUUGAAUGAUGCUCGCCGUGCUUCUACAAGCGCGUAUGAGAGUGGCUUCUACCGUACCCACGACCCACUUGGAUAUAUUCCUUCGGAUAUUCAAUCAGUCAAAUCUUCAGCGUCCGGGUUACCACACUUUGGCACCGCUGCUCCCUUCGGUCCUUCCAAACAGAAAGCGGUGGCUGGUCAGAAACGAGCGACAUACGCUAGUUAUGCGAGCUCGAUCAUCUCCCAGGAUGUUGCUGGAGUCCCGGGAGGAACAGACGCUAGCAGCGUUUCCGGAUCUCAAUUCGAACACAACGGAAGCAUUGUAUUUUCACAAUCAGAUCGAAUUAGAAGACGCAACUCGUUCACCUCAAUGGCGGGUACAUCGGAUAUCGGGAGCAUGUCGGCGUACGAUUACAAGAGCCAGGAUAGUGUGAUUGACGCGGAUGACUCGGAGUCGCAGUAUGCACAUAGUGUACAAAGCGGAGUUACGGAGUUUUGA